AUGGAGGCGAAGAUUGCAGAUCUGGAGCAAGAGUUAUCGUUGAUGAAGGUUGCUUUUUCUGACUCCAUCGCUGAGGUUCAACAAACGGCGAGGGAGAACCAAAGAGCGUUGAUGCAGAUGAUGGAGAAGGUCCUUGGCAAAAAGGUGGUUGAAGUUGAUGAUGGUGUCUCGUCGGCGGUCAAGAAGGCUACAACAUCCUCAGAGUUGAAAGGUGAAGCUUUGGAUGAAUUUAGAAGAUCGGUUAAGAAGGUGGAGUUACCGGCGUUCUCCGGUGAUGAUCCAGCCGGAUGGAUCUCUAGAGCCGAAGUCUAUUUUCGUGUGCAGGACACAAGUGCUACAGUGAAGGUGGGGAUGGCGCAGUUGAGCAUGGACGGGCCAACCAUCCAUUUCUUUAACUCUCUGUUAGAGGAAAACCCAGAUCUGACAUGGGAGGAGUUCAAGGUGGAGCUUCUAGAGAGGUAUGGAGGUUUGGGAGAAGGAGACGUUUAUGAGCAACUUACGGAGAUUCGUCAAAAGGGUACGGUGGAAGACUAUAUACAAGAGUUUGAGCGUUUAACAGCUCAGAUUCCAAGGCUGCCUGACAAAAAGUACCUGGGGUAUUUUUUGCAUGGGUUAAAAGAUGAAAUCAGAGGUAGGGUUCGGAGUUUUGUGGCUAUGGGUCCACUUACAAGGAGCAAAUUAAUUCACGUUACCAGAGCAGUGGAAAGGGAGAUAAGUGGUGGGUCGGGCUGGAACCGGAAUCCGAAAAUAGGUGGGUCAAACCGGGUUAACCCGGGAAGACAUGGAGGUACAGAUUGGGUUUUUGUGAAAGGGGGUCAGAAUAGUGGAAAUCAUAAUGGGAUUGGGCCUAGAGGUGUUAAUGGCCCAAUUCAUGAAUCCAAACAUGGUACUGCAGAUAGGAGGAAGGGGGGUGUGCGUGAGAAGGGGUUUACCCAUUUGUCUUAUCAAGAACUAAUGGACCGGAAGAAAAAGGGCUUGUGUUACAAGUGUGGGGGCCCAUAUCAUCCUCUCCAUCAGUGCCCAGAUAAGCAGCUUCGUAUCAUGAUUGUGGAGGAGGAGGAAGGAGGAGAUGAUGAAGCGAAGUUGUUGGCGGUAGAGGUGGAGGAAUCUGAAGAGGAGCACGGUGGAGAGAUGAGUGUUAUGAGUCUCUUUGAACUGAAAGAGUCCCAACACGACAAAGUUCAUACACUCAAACUCAGAGCAACGAUCAAUGGCGUACCGGUGGUGGUGUUGGUUGACAGUGGGGCUACGCAUAAUUUCGUUGCGAAGUCCAUGGUUCAGAAGUUAGGGUGGCAAGUAGAGACCACACCAGAUUUUAGAAUCAAAUUGGGUGACGGGUUCCAAACCAUUACUAGAGGAAAGUGUACUCAAGUUUUAUUCAAAACUGGGGGAGUCACCUGUGAAAUUGAGGCGUAUCUAUUUGAUUUAGAUGGGGUGGAUGUAGUUGUGGGUAUGGCAUGGUUGAAAUCUUUGGGAGAUAUGAUAGUUAAUUGGAAUAAACAAACAAUGGAGUUUUGGCAUGAGGGGAAGUGGGUAAUGUUGAGAGGGAUAGAAGGAACAUCUGAAGCAAUACCGGCAUUGCAAAGCAUUGUAGGGAAGGCUAGCAAAGGCUACGACAAGAAAGGAUGGUCACUAGAUGCAACGUUGAGCAACACGGAAGGGCGGGCAGAGGUAGUGUUAGAGCAAUCCGUUAUGCAGGAAGUAUUGAAAUCUUUCGAUGACGUGUUCCAAGAACCUAAGGGUCUUCCUCCAUGUCGCUCAAGGGACCAUGCUAUCAAUUCAAUGGCAGGACAAGGUGAAUUAGCAGCUCUGGUCUCAUAUCCAAUUUGGGAGGAAGGCAAUGUGAUACAGGAAGAAAUCCACAUGGAUAAGGUUCUGCUGAAAAUCAUAGAGGAAUUGGAAGAAAAACCAGAUUCAAGACCAGGAUUUAAGUACAAACAAGAGGUUUUAUUUUAUGAGGAUCGUUUAGUGUUAUCUGCACAAUCUUCAUUGAUUCCCAAGAUGUUGGCUGAAUUUCAUAUUACUCCGGAAGUUGGAGAUUAUGCAGUGGAAAGUGAAUUGCCCCAAGAAGUUGAAGGGAGUUGUGUGGAGCAGUUUGUGCCUGAAGGAGUUUUAGACACACGUUUCAACGGGCUAGGAGAACAGAGAGUUAAACAAGUUUUAAUUCAGUGGACUAAUAGGGCGGCGGACGAGGCUACUUGGGAAGACAUGGAAACCAUAACAAAGCAAUUUCCUGAAUUUAACCUUGAGGACAAGGUAGCUUUUCUAGAAGGAGGUUCACAGUUUUUUCGGAAUGACACUAGGUUACGUGCUCUGCGCUUCUUGGACCACAUGCUUGAAAGAGAUAAUAUGCAGAAGUCAGAGUUCUUAAAAGCCUUGUCAGAUAUGUGGAAAGAUUUUGAUUCCCGUGUAUUACGAUACAAGGUCCUUCCACCACUUUGUGCAGAACUUAGGAAUGUAGUGAUACAGCCAAUGAUUCUACCAAUGGUUCUAACCAUUGCAGAGUCUCAGGACAAGAAUGAUUUUGAGCAAUCAACACUUCCCGCCCUUGACCCUGUCUUAAGCACUGCUUCUGGUGACACAAUGCUACUGCUUCUGAAGCAUGCCGAGCUAAUAAUAAACAAGACUACUCAAGAACAUUUAAUUUCACAUGUUCUUCCAAUGAUUGUUCGGGCCUAUGAUGAUAAUGAUGCACGUUUACAAGAAGAGGUCCUGAAAAAGACUGUAUCCCUUGCCAAACAACUUGAUGCCCAGUUGGUGAAACAAGUGAUUUUACCCCGUGUUCAUGGACUAGCACUCAAAACAACGGUUGCCGCGGUUAGAGUCAAUGCUUUGCUGUGCCUAGGAGAAAUGGUUAACCGACUUGAUAAACAUGCUGUCCUGGAAAUCUUGCAAACUAUUCAGCGCUGUACUGCUGUUGACCAUUCUCCUCCAACCCUUAUGUGUACCCUUGGGGUUGCAAAUUCUAUUUUUAAGCAGUUUGGAGUAGAAUAUGUUGCUGAACAUGUUCUUCCAUUGCUUAUGCCACUCCUGACUGCUCAACAACUCAAUGUUCAACAGUUUGCCAAAUAUAUGCUUUUUGUCAAGAAUAUUCUCCAGAAGAUAGAAGAGAAGCGGGGAGUUGUUGUGACUGAUUCUGGACUCCCAGAGGUAAAAUUAUCUCCUGCAGUGAAUGGCCUUCAGGUUGAUGCUCCGAGGACAAUCAACAGCACUAUUGCUACUCCAACAAAAAGCAGCUCCUCUUGGGAUGCAGAUUGGGGAACCAAAACAGCGAGAACUACCAAUUAUGUUCAUAAUCCUACUAAUACAUCUAGUCAGUCAGUGAUAGGAAACCCUGUGGGUCAAGUGGCAUCUUUACAAAAUCAUAUGUCCUUAUCUGGUGUAUCUAAUCAACAGACAGCCAAAUCAUGUCCUUCAGUAGAUUUAGAGUGGCCGCCUCGUGCAUCUUCAGGUGUUACCUCACAAUUUGGUGAUACAGAAAGGCAAACAGUUGCAGUAGGAACCUCAUCCACAUCUAAUCAUGAAGAUGAUGAUCCUUUUGCCGACUGGCCUCCGCGCCCUAGUGGCCCAUUAUCUGGUGGAAUUGGAAAUCCCAACAAUGGUACUUCAGGAAUGCCACUAAACAAAUUAGGGCAUAAUUCAAUGACAAGCAAUUCAAGCAAUCUUCAAGCCAGCAACAAUUGGUCUGUCAACUCCCAAAAUUCUCUGGAAUCUAUCAGUUUGAACCCAAGGAAUGCUGCUAGUUCAUCUAUUAGUAACCUGAAUAAUGGCUUUCAACCUCAGAGUCCUCUUGGGUUCCAAAAACAAAGUCAGGCCUUUCCAGCAUUGAAUGCUGUUUCGUCAUCAUACAAUAACGUUAAAUCAACUGAUCUUGGAUCAAUAUUUUCUUCCAACAAGAAUGAACAAAUUGCACCUAGACUUGCCCCACCCCCUUCAACCACAGUGGGUAGAGGGCGGGGAAGAGGGAGGGGUGCUACUUCAACCAAACAGCCCUCUCAUACAAAAUCAAGCACUGAGCAGCCACACCUUUUGGAUUUGUUGGGGUAA